GUGAUGUCAUUACGUCGUACGUGUAGGACUGCGCAACAGUGCCAAGGGAGCUGUUCACCAUAAUGCCUGCAGGAGUAUCUUGGCCUCAGUACUUGAAGAUGUUCAGUGCCAGCCUUCUUUCCAUGCUUGCAGGUGCAGAACUUGUACACAGAUACUACAGACCUGAUCUUAGUGUACCUGAAACUCCACCCAAACCAGGAGAACUGAAGACCGAACUUCUUGGAUUAAAGCAAAACAAAGAAAAUAAGCAGGAAUCAAGCUAAAUAUAUGUAAU